AUGGACGUUGACGACUUGUCACUUCCAUCUUCUCAAGAUGACGAGGGUCACUACGAUGGCCGUAGACGCCUGCCCCUUGGCACUCUUUCGCUCCCGGAGGACGACAAUCUAGUCUCAGUAUCCGACAUCAUCAUGACCAUGAAGGAACGAGUAGGCCACUAUCACUUCCUUGACCUCCAGCACGCCGGUCUUGGAGAUACAAGGAUGGAAAAGGUCCUGGAACAGCUCCGGAAGAUGUACAACAACACCCUCCAUGGAAGCGACGAGGCCGCCACCAACCUAGGUCAGCCAGACUGCUAUGCAGCAUCGAUUGACUGGCUCAACAUCCUUGCGCCUCGAACUCAGUUAUCGAAAACACAUCCCUGGCCGUCGUUUAGCGGUGUUCGGUUCCUGGACCUCUCCAACAACGGAUUGACAUCAGACUGCUUGCCCGCCAUCUCAAAGCUUUUGGCCGGUAAUGUGACCUUGAGUCGUUUGGACUUAAAAUCGAACGACAUCGACGGCGAGAAUGGGACGCUUUCAGACCUGGCAAAAGCUGUUGGUAAAUCAGGGCUGAAGGACUUGUCCUUGUCGAGCAACCCAAUCUCGCUUCAAUCCUUGGCAGCCUUCUUUGACGCGGUUCCAGCCACCGGCACGGAACUCGAGUGUCUCGAACUCUCCGGUCUGAUCAGCCUUGGUGACGACGAAACUUCUGACGAGCAAAAUGUGUUCAUCGCCCAAUCUAUCGCCGACUUCCUUACCGAUCCGCAGCGUUGUCGAUGUCUGCUCGAACUACAGCUCAACGGCAAUGUUUUCAACGAGCGUAGCGUCCGCUUGAUCAGCUCUGCAGUCAUCCGAGAUGGCGAUGGGGAUGCAACGAACGGUCACUACGGGAUAUCUGGAAAUGUUGCAGCUCUACGCGACGACCCUCUUUUCCGAACGAUACUCGAGUCGACAAGGAGACGUCCAAAUUUUCAUCUUCGAACACUUGGGCUCGCGGGCAACAUUGAGGGGGGCUGGCUUCCUGCCCAAACGGCGAAAGAUUCGGCAAGAAUCGAUGCAAUUAGACGGCGCUACGCACCUUUGCCUUUGGCUAACGUUGAGGCAAUUGUGUCGUUUUUCCAUCAUAGGGCGUGCAAGCGGCGGUUGCAUGGAAAGGAAAGGGACAAUGACGAGAUCCCCGCUGAAAUGCAGCGGCACAUGACAUCUAUCGGCGUUACGUUGGACGACUGGGAAAUCGAUUUUCAGGACGCUUUGGUGUUUGGCUUGGGGCUCACGCAUAUCAAUCGCAACGAGCUGACGUGGGCAUGUCUCUCCCGCAACCGGGCUGCCGCCAUCAAGUGUCGCAAGGCUGCUUUGACAGUCUUGGCAUCGGCCAGAACAUUGGGCUGUAAGGCCAGCGUGCGGAGCAGCGAAAAGGGAACUGCCGUUUCAGAAAGCGAAAAGCACGCGGAGGGAUUCUCACGAUUCUUCGAUCUGCCCCCUGAACUGCGACUUCAUGUUCUGCGCCAACUGGAUGAAGACGGCUGUCUCAGCGCGAGCCAGUUCAGCCACGUGAUCAGCUUCGCAUGCGAACCAAGCACGAUCGGCUACGGCGGUCGCGGCUACGACUGGACUCUUGUGACCGACUCAGAGUGUCCUAUAGCAAGAAAGAAUGGCGCCAAUGCCAGUGCAACGCUUCCUGCGCAGCGAUGGUCUUGGGCGGAAUGCUUCACGCUGCGGGCCACGCCUCGAGAUUGGGAGGCUGCCCAACUGGACGGGGCCAACCUCGUAGGUGACAAAAGUUCGUAUCGCGGGUCAGCUAUGCUCGCGUUCUUCGGGUCGACUCUGACGCACAGAUCCGAGCUGCCAUGA